AUGCUUGCGCCAUUACAACAAAUGAUGUCAUUAAGUCCACGUCUAGCCAUUCAGAAUGCGUUUCAGUUUGGACUGAUAGUUGCUUCUGCUGUUAUAAUAUGGAAGACUUUGUGUAUUCUUUUAGUGACUGAAGCCCCUAUUGUAGUCAUUUUGAGUGGUUCGAUGGAACCUGGGUUUAGACGAGGUGACUUGAUGUUCUUAACAAAUCGUGGUGGUGUAGAUAAUGUCGAAAUUGGAGAUAUUGUUGUGUACAACUUACCAUCGAAAGGUAUUCCAAUUAUUCAUCGAGUGAUCGAGAAGCAUAACGACAAAAACGAAGAGAUUAGACUCCUCACUAAAGGAGACAAUAACCCCGUCGACGAUAGAGGCUUAUAUGAAGGACCUAUGUGGUUGAAACCGUAUCAAAUCAUUGGGAAGUCUUGGGCUCAUGUGCCGUUUGUUGGGAUGAUUACUAUAGCUUUGACCGACUACCCAAUGCUUAAAUGGACAGUUAUUGCAUUACUCUUGGUCUCAGUGUUGCUUAACAAAGAUCAGUGA